AUAAUAACCCUAUGAGUGUUGCUUACUAUUGUUUUCCUUAAUUAAAAUGAGUAAAAUGAAGCUUAGGUUAAGUAGCAUGUCCGAAGCCACACAGUUAGUCAUUGGCAGCGGUGUGACUGACUCCAAAGUCUGUGCUUCUAAUUACUGUGUUCUUCUACUUUUUAAUAGGGAGUUCUUGAAGGUCCAAGGAAAGGAAUGCAUAAUGGUGUGGUCAAGGCAUUAGCAUUAAUAUUUAUAGAAAGGGUAAUUAACAACAGUUUGAGCAAUCACAUUCUAACAACUAGUAAGUUGACAGAAGCCUGAGUAUAAUAGUGUGAGGAACAAAAUCAUUAUAGUGCCAAACAGAGUAUACCAUCUCUUUAGUACAAUGUCUUUCAAAAGGAGGCUGAUUGUGUUGGCUCUAUGUUUGCCUCCUCAAUAAUUAAGGCAGUAAAUAUUAGUUGGAGCUUCCAAUACCUAACGGGCCUAAAACAGCAAAAUGGACAACCUGGCAUGUGUCCUUGCUGGAAGAUGACAAGAGUGCUGAAAGGAGAAUCCAGGUUUUUCUCCUGAGACAUGACACUUGGGGGCUUCCAUUAAAAAAUCACCAAGUCUCUGUCACUGUAAUCUCUUCCUUAAGUGCCUAUGAUGUUUUCACAGUCACAGGUCUAUGCCUGGUCAACACACAGUGGCCAGGUCUGUAAGCUGUGGGCAGAGAUGGCAGCGACUCGGAGGGCUGGGAGCAGAUGAUGGGAGGAAAGAUCAUUUUUUCUGACAACUUACAACUUGAUUCCACUUAUAAGCCAUCUAUUUUCAGAAAUAAGUAAUGGGUGAGGACAUAGGCCAGGUCCACAGUUUGUGCACUUGAGAGAUUAAGGCCUCACAGAUCAAAUUACCACAGCAAACUGAGACAGAAUUAUUGUAGGGAUAUUUGGGGAGGAUGCAGAGAAAAGAGGAAGAAGGCAGAGACCCAAGAAAGGAGACAGGAAUAGAUUUUGAUGAAAAUUACUUCCUACUCUGUACCCUUGAGGGAACAAAGAGGACAAAUAAGAAGCAGGAGUGAUAGAGGGAAGCUGGGUGUUUCUCCGGAAUAAAACUGGAUAGGUAGUGGAGCAUUGUUAGUGAGUGUGCUAGGGAUUAGGGAUGUGCUAGUUCAGGCCUUUGAACUCUGGGGGUCAGGAUCACAACCUUGGCUCCUUUAACCAUCCCCACUAGGGGGGAAGCAUGCCAAAUGUCAGGUCUCACUCUGACUUUGUUCUACUCCAUAGCUAGAAAAUGACCCAUAGAGGAAGAUAUACGGAUGAGAGGAUACUGGGAGAUAAGGAAGAGAAAGACAUUUUAGUGAGUGCUAUUUGCACAUGAGCCAAUAGAUUUCAAAUUCCUGUGGAAGAAAUGUGAGGACUUGGGAAGAGUGAAUAUUCAUUGCCUCUGAGCAGCAGAGGCAAUGACACAGCUUGGAAAGAUUUCCUCUGAUCCUUCUGCCUUCUUCACUGAAGAGAAUUUGUUGUCUCUGCGUUGCCUCUGUUGCAGUACAAGAGGAAUCUUAGGGGCACAAAAGAACAGAAGUCUAAGGAGUCUUAUAUUUAAGGAAGAGAAGCUGCAGCCAUUGAAAUUGCUGGUUAUUGUAAGAUAAAUCCCAGACUUCCACGUUUUGCUUAACGACAGCAGAUUUUUUUUUUUUUUUUUUUAAACUGCAAAGCAUUAAUGGAAUCCAAAUUCCAGCCUGGCUUAGGAGAUCAACAGUAACUUUCUUGAUUUAACGGUUUUGCAGACUCUUGAAGACAUUGUUAUCCAUUAAAGAAAAAAUUUUAAAUCACUCUUGAAAGAAAGCGUCUUGUAUGAUAAAUAAAAAAGAUUUGAAGCAAGAUUCGAAAAAGCUUGAGGGAAGAAUCUCUUUAAAAAUUUUACCAGAUUUUCUCCACUAUCGUCAAAAUGGAUCAAAUUUUACCAGAUUUUCUUCACUAUAGUCAAAAUGGAUCAAAUAACAGAUUUGCCUACAGCUUCAUGGAGAUUUUUUAAAAUAGAGCAUUUUAAACAUUCAAAUAUUGGUUAUUUGCCAAGGCACACACUGAAAGUAAGGGGCACUUGGCCGGGAGCAGAAUUGAGUCUUGGAUUCCAGGUUGCUGAUUUUAGGCUUGCUCUUGGAAAGAGGGCAGCUUUUGCCAUUCCCCUCCUUUUGCCCCAGGAGUUGAGCACUUUCUGCAGUACUUAAGAGUGUCCAGGGAAGAUGUAGGGGUCAGGUGAAUAGUUCCCACCGCCAGUAACCCCAGAGCGCCGCCCCCUGCGUUGUUUCCUUUUCAUGUUAGAGCCGCCGCCCGGGUGCCCAUACUUAGUCAAGGCCCCUCCGUUUAUUUUCCUGAAUUGCGCUUGGAAAUCUUUUCUUCUGGGGAGCUGAUGGCCAGACUUCUAGGGACUUGACUGCUUUUCCCAGACUAAUCUCCUUAAAGACCCGUUAAGCAGGCGAGAGACCGUGGAGAUUGGAUGAACAGGACAGUGGGGGUAGGGAGAAAGGGAGUGGCCGUGUCCCUGCGGUCCGCUGGGAUCCGGCAGGUCCAGGAUGAAGGAGAUGGGGCUGGAGAGGCUGAGCAGUCCGGGUUCGCUGUCUGCCACUUCGGCACGGAAUCAGAGCCUGACUUGCUGAGCCCUCCUCCCCCUCCCCCUCCCCCUCCGUCUCCCCUUCUGCUUCCUUUUCCCUCCCUCUGGAGCGGUAGCGGCAGCAGCAGCAGGAAGCCAAGCGGGGUUGAGCGACUCGGAGGCGAGCAGAGGAGCUGAAAUAUGGGAAGUCAGCGAGGGCGGCGGGGCCAGGAGCCCUUGGGAGGGCCUACGGAGGGAGCGGCUCCAGGCGUUUGCUAGCGCGUGAACGGUGGGGGAGCGGGCGCAGGGUGGCACGAGCGGAGGCGGGGCCCGGGCGUGGAGCACGGCUGGGGAAGCUGCCGCCUCCGGCCCUGCCCGGCUGCCUCCGCCGCGGCCCGUGGCUAUGGAGCAGGCGGGCACCAGACCUGCGGCGACAGAGCAUCCACGGCUCCGGCGGCCCAUGCCCUGGCUGCUGCUACUGCCUCUUCUCCUCCUGCUGCUGCUAGCGGGCCCAGUGGCCUCCCAGCUGCGUUACUCAGUGCCAGAGGAGCAGGCACCCGGCGCGCUCGUGGGCAACGUGGCUCGCGCGCUGGGGCUCGAGUUGCGGCGCUUGGGGCCGGGUUGCUUGCGCAUCAACCAUCUGGGUGCGCCCAGUCCGCGCUACCUGGAGCUGGACCUGACUAGUGGAGCGCUCUUCGUCAACGAGCGCAUUGAUCGGGAGGCGCUGUGUGAGCAGCGGCCUCGCUGCCUGCUCAGCUUGGAAGUGCUGGCGCACAAUCCCGUGGCGGUGAGCGCCGUUGAGGUGGAAAUAUUGGACAUCAACGACAACUCACCGCGUUUCCCGCGGCCCAACUACCAGCUUCAGGUAAGCGAAUCGGUGGCGCCUGGAGCGCGCUUUCACAUAGAGAGUGCGCAGGACCCCGACGUGGGCGCCAACUCGGUGCAGACCUACGAGCUCAGCCCCAGCGAGCACUUCGAGCUGGACCUUAAGCCCCUGCAGGAGAACAGUAAAGUGCUUGAGCUGGUGCUACGUAAGGGCCUAGACCGGGAGCAGGCAGCCUUGCACCACUUGGUUCUCACAGCCGUGGAUGGGGGCAUCCCAGCCCGCUCGGGUACGGCACAGAUCUCUGUGCGUGUCCUGGACACUAACGACAACUCUCCUGCCUUCGACCAGUCCACUUACCGCGUCCAGCUACGGGAGGACUCACCCCCCGGCACAUUGGUGGUGAAGCUGAAUGCCUCAGACCCGGAUGAGGGCUCCAAUGGUGAGCUCAGGUACUCCUUGAGCAGCUACACGUCGGACCGGGAGAGACAGCUCUUCAGCAUAGAUGCCAGUACUGGGGAAGUGCGAGUAAUUGGGGGGCUGGAUUAUGAGGAAGCCUCCUCCUACCAGAUCUAUGUGCAGGCGACUGACCGGGGUCCAGUGCCCAUGGCAGGUCACUGCAAGGUGCUGGUGGACAUCGUGGACGUGAAUGACAAUGCCCCAGAGGUGGUGCUCACAGACCUGUAUAGCCCAGUGCCUGAGAAUGCUACACCCAACACCAUUGUGGCCGUUCUCAGUGUCAAUGACCAAGACUCAGGCCCCAACCGGAAAGUGAGCCUGGGUCUGGAGGCCACACUGCCUUUCCGACUGAAUGGCUUUGGAAACUCCUAUACCCUGGUGGUGAGUGGCUCGCUGGACCGAGAGCGGGUGGCUGUCUAUAACAUCACGGUGACAGCCACUGAUGGGGGAAUACCACAGCUUACAUCCCAGCGGACGCUGAAGGUUGAGAUUUCUGACAUCAAUGAUAAUCCACCAAGCUUCCUGGAGGACUCCUAUUCCAUCUAUAUCCAGGAGAACAAUUUGCCAGGUGUGUUGCUCUGUACUGUGCAAGCCACAGACCCAGAUGAAAAGGAGAAUGCAGAGGUGACCUACUCCCUUCUGGAGAGGGAGAUUCAAGGGCUGCCAGUCACCUCCUAUGUCUCCAUUAACAGUGCCAGUGGCAGCCUUUAUGCUGUCAACUCCUUUGACUAUGAGAAGUUUCGGGAGUUCUUUGUGACUGUGGAGGCUCAGGACAAGGGGAGCCCACCACUGAGCAGCACUGUGACUGCCAACGUGUAUGUGGUGGACAUGAAUGACCAUGCCCCUCACAUUCUGUACCCUACCUCAACCAAUUCAUCAGCAGCCUUUGAGAUGGUGCCUCGAACUGCCCCUGCUGGCUACCUGGUCACCAAAGUCAUAGCCAUGGACUCAGACUCUGGGCAAAAUGCUUGGCUUUUUUACCAUCUAGCCCAGACUUCUGACCUGGACCUCUUUAAAGUAGAGCUGCACACAGGAGAAAUUAGGACUACCAGGAAGAUAGGAGAUGAGAGUGGUACCACUUUCAACCUGACCGUGGUGGUCCGAGAUAAUGGAGAGCCAUCACUAUCAGCCUCUGUGGCCAUUACAGUAGCUGUGGUGGAUAGGGUUUCCAAAAUCCUCCCUGACACUCAGAGACAUGUUAAGAGCCCUCGGACAUACUCUGAAAUUACCCUUUAUCUAAUAAUAGCAUUAAGCACAGUGUCUUUUAUAUUUCUUUUGACAAUCAUCAUUUUGAGCAUCAUCAAGUGUUACCACUACACCGCGUAUGGCACUGCAUGCUGCGGAGGCUUCUGUGGAGUAAGGGAGAGGUCUCCUGCAGAACUUUACAAACAGGCCAACAACAAUAUUGAUGCCAGGAUACCACAUGGCCUCAAAGUGCAGCCUCACUUCAUUGAAGUUCGAGGGAAUGGCUCCCUCACCAAGACCUACUGCUACAAGGCCUGUCUGACAGCAGGCUCAGGGAGUGACACUUUCAUGUUUUACAAUACAGGGGCCCAGACAGGACCAGGGCCUUCGGGAGCCCAAGCAUCAGUGACUGACAGCAGGAACCUCACAGGCCAAAGUGGUCAGAGUGCUGGGAACCUGAUUAUUCUCAAAAACGAGGCUGUUCCUCAAAAUGAGCCACGACAGCCCAAUCCUGACUGGCGUUACUCUGCCUCCCUGAGAGCAGGCAUGCACAGCUCUGUGCACCUUGAGGAGGCUGGCAUUCUACGGGCUGGUCCAGGAGCACCUGAUCAACAGUGGCCAACAGUAUCCAGUGCAACACCAGAACCAGAGGCAGGAGAAGUGUCCCCUCCAGUCGGUGCGGGUGUCAAUAGCAACAGCUGGACCUUUAAAUAUGGACCAGGCAACCCCAAACAAUCCGGUCCCGGUGAGUUGCCAGACAAAUUCAUUAUCCCAGGAUCUCCUGCAAUCAUCUCCAUCCGGCAGGAGCCUACUAACAGCCAAAUUGACAAAAGUGACUUCAUAACCUUCGGCAAAAAGGAGGAGACCAAGAAAAAGAAGAAAAAGAAGAAGGGUAACAAGACCCAGGAGAAAAAAGAGAAAGGGAACAGCACGACUGACAACAGUGACCAGUGAGGUCCUCGAAUGGAAACAAGCCACUUAGCCAGUUUUUGUAAUAAUGGCAAAUCUCUCCCAUGUAGCAACUCCCUGCUCCUUUUUCCUAUCUACAUGAGCCCUCUUAGAGACCUCAGAAAUCUGCAGAAAGUUCCCUGUGUCUGUCUAGAACGCAUUUAACAGGUUUUGUCUUAAAAACUUUACUAAGUCUGGUGUUAACUCUUUCUCUCCACUCUGGCUUGUUUUCAGAACCUAAAAAGCAGACCCAAGUUUCCUUUCUCCUCCGCCGCAAAGGAGAGGCUUCCCAGCCCCGCCAGUGAGAGGUUGGACUCUCUGCCCUGUGCUCCGGGGAUCCUGUCUUGAUGACACUUGCAGGGCAGGCUGAAAAGUUUUGAGAUUGAGCAGCUUGGGUAUUUGUGGUCACUGGGUAUGUGUGGCCACCGCGGGUACGGAAGUGCCAGAUAUUGGCUGAGACUAAUUGGUACAAGGAAAGGAAGAAAGCAGAGACAAAUAAACAGCGGAAGUUAUCAGCGUGGAGGGGAAGUGUAAACUAAAAGGGACCAGACUUUCUAAAUCUUACAACUCAAGGAAUGGUGGCCACCCUCUAGGAGACACAACUACUCCCACUGACAAGGCUUUAGGACACCCUAAAGUCUGUUGGCUGUGAUGUCAUUAUACCUAAAAUCUGCAUCAUACCUUCAAGCCAACAGUUCAGUGUUUAACAGAGAACCGUCCUGGGAAACAAGCAGAUCUGAUGUGUUUCCUAUUCAUUUCCUGUGCUCACUUUAUUAAAAAUUCUUUUGCACACAAUGUUUAUGAAAAGGGCAGAUCCUUUUCCAACACUUAUGCAAAAGCAAAAGAAAACCCCGACACCUCACCUUUCGCUGUUUGUUGUUUCAUAGAUUUAUUUUAAAAAAGAGAAAGUCUAUAGUUAUAAAUCUUUAAAGAGAAAUAUGAAUACAAUUCCCCUAAACUCUCCUCAAAAGAUAAUUCAGUCUACAGCCAUUUAAAUGAUCAUUGCUGCUACAGAAGUGCUUUAAGAGAAUUGCCUGAAACAUCUGUAUUAUAUCGGCCACCUGCCAAUCACAGCUUUACUCUUUCAGGUCACUCUGGGGCUGCCUCUUGCAUGUAUUAAUUACUAAAUAAAAUUAUCUCUUUCUCUCUCUCUUUUCUAAGAAACAAUUAUGUGCACUUUGAUACACAACCUUCUCUAACCAACUAUAUUGAGACCCAAAAAUUAAAGAAAAAUAUUGUUUUCUCAUAGAGUGAGCAGAUUUUUCAACCCUUUAAUUCUGUGACUUGUCUUGGUGUGCUAGCCUACACCUUCUCUUUGGUUUAGUUUUCCUUUUCUAUAACACUCUGAAUUGCUAAUCUUACUAACACCUAUGAUGUUACCUGAAAUCAAUCUCCCAUAUGUAUGCUGUAUGCUAUUAUAAGACUCCUGAAAUAUACUUACUCUGUGCUUGUGUAUGUGAAUGUUAAUGCAACUAUUACCUAGAGUGAACUUUAAGCUUUAUUGUUGAAUGUAAUUCCAUUAUAUUUCCUUUUGUACACCUGUGAAAAAGUGGAGUAGUGUUUUUUUAACCAUUGUUAAUCAGCUUUUGUGUAUGAAAGAUACAGUAAAAUUUCUUUCUUAAAUCAAGAUACUGGUGAUUCAAGGAAUUUUAUUUAUGGUCCAGCCAAGAGCCAUCUCUUGCCAAGACUUCUGCUGUCAAGGGAAUGGAUAAAGCUGUUUUUUUCUAGUAACAGUUUUGGAAUGAAUACUGACAAUAUUCCACGAGGGUGUGCAAGCACAAAUUUGACCAAUCUGACCUCUUUGAAGUUGCAGAAUGCUUUGAAAUUCUAAUGGUAUCUGAAAUAUCAGCUCAUAGAAAGUAAUACAAUUUACUGUCACCUUAAAUAAGACAUUUUAAUUUUGUUACAAUGUACAAUUUAGAAGUUUGAUUAAUUAUAUUAUCUAUUUAGGUGUUAAUAUAAAAGAGGUAGGAGUCUGUUAUUUAAAAACAAAGCAUUAAAUCUAAAAAAAAAAAAACUGUCUUGUCUACUUUUAGCUUCAUUCUCCCAUAUUUUGAAGGGUGUGUAACUUCAGCUCUGCAGGAUUGCAUGGGGUAAAACUUGUUGCCAACACAUGUGAACCAUUGCUACAUUGUAGGUUGUGAUCAUUUUGCCCCACUGAAGCCCAUGUAUCUGACCUUACGUGCCUUUUGAACUAGGAGAAUCGGGCUAAUUUAUUAAUGAUGAUAAUUAUAAUGUAUCUGUACAGCACUUUUUACCUUUGCGAAGUGCUUUCCAAUCCGUGUUAGUUACUAGUUAUUACAGCUGUAAGGAUAAAACACGUCAUGUGGAUUCAUUUUGAAUUGGUGCUAUUGGUAUUUCCUCUGUUAUUGCUAAUAAAUGAAAAUGGUGGUAUGAAA